GGGGACUGGAGUCAGCGUGGCGCUCUGCGAGAGACAUACUGCCUUGGAUCUAUAAACUAUUGGAAGGAAAGUUCCUCGUCUGCAAGUUUUUAGGCGUCAUAGGUCGUAACCGCCCCCCCCAUCAGCCAUGAGCAACAAACCCCAACCCCCUCUGAUGAAGAAACACAGCCAGACAGAUCUGGUGAGCCGGCUGAAGACCAGGAAGAUACUGGGCGUCGGAGGAGAGGACGAUGACGGAGAGAUACACAGGUCGAAGAUCAGUCAGAUGCUCGGAAAUCAGAUGAGGUUUGGUGUACGAGAGCCAAUAGGCCUCAGGAUAUGGAUUCUCAUGUCUGCUGUUCUGUUCACAACCACAGCCUUAAUAGCUCUAGUGUUCCCCAGUCAGCUCUAUGAGUUUGUGUUUGAGCUCAAGACCACCAGGAUCUCCAUCAGACUCUAUGGAGGAGCACUACUCAGUGUCUCAUUGAUCAUGUGGAAAGGUCUGUACACAGCAGAGAAGGCCAUUAUCCAGUGGACCCUGCUGACCGAGGCCUGCCUCUUGUCUGUCCAGUUCCUGGUGACCAGCAUCACCCUGGUGGAGCUGGGUCUGAUGUCAAACUCUGCCAUCCUCCUCCUCCUCAGUGAAGUCCUCUUCCUCAUCAUCACACUCCUCUACUACUACCACCUGGGUCGCAGGACCAAGAAGACCCAGAACCAUACACAUAGUGCUGAUUAGACCCAGAGCCAUACACAUAGCUCUGAUUAGACCCAGAACCAUAGAUAUAGCAGCUCUGAUUAGACCCAGAGCCAUACACAUGGCUCUGAUUAGACCCAGAACCAUAGAUAUAGCAGCUCUGAUUAGACCCAGAACCAUACACAUGGCUCUGAUUAGACCCAGAACCAUACACAUAGUUCUGAUUAGACCCAGAACCAUACACAUAGCUCUGAUUAGACCCAGAACCAUACACAUGGCUCUGAUUAGACCCAGAGCCAUACACAUAGCUCUGAUUAGACCCAGAACCAUAGAUAUAGCUCUGAUUAGACCCAGAACCAUACACAUUGUUCUGAUUAGACCCAGAACCAUACACAUAGUUCUGAUUAGACCCAGAACCAUACACAUUGUUCUGAUUAGACCCAGAACCAUACACAUUGUUCUGAUUAGACCCAGAACCAUACACAUAGCUCUGAUUAGACGCAGAACCAUAGAUAUAGCUCUGAUUAGACCCAGAACCAUACACAUAGUUAUGAUUAGACCCAGAACCAUAGAUAUAGCUCUGAUUAGACCCAGAACCAUACACAUAGUUAUGAUUAGACCCAGAACCAUAAACAUAGCUCUGAUUAGACCCAGAACCAUAGAUAUAGCAGCUCUGAUUAGACCCAGAACCAUAGAUCUAGUUCUGAUUCGACCCAGAACCAUAGAGAUAGCUCUGAUUAGACCCAAAACCAUAGAUAUAGCAGCUCAGAUUCGACCCAGAACCAUAGAUAUAGCAGCUCUGAUUAGACCCAGAACCAUAGAUAUAGCAGCUCUGAUUAGACCCAGAGCCAUAGAUCUAGUUCUGAUUAGACCCAGAACCAUAGAUCUAGUUCUGAUGAGACCCAGAACCAUACACAUAGUUCUGAUUAGACCCAGAACCAUAGAUAUAGCAGCUCUGAUUAGACCCAGAACCAUAAACAUAGCUCUGAUUAGACCCAGAACCAUAGAUAUAGCAGCUCUGAUUAGACCCAGAACCAUAGAUCUAGUUCUGAUUCGACCCAGAACCAUAGAUAUAGCAGCUCUGAUUAGACCCAAAACCAUAUAUAUAGCAGCUCAGAUUCGACCCAGAACCAUAGAUAUAGCAGCUCUGAUUAGACCCAGAACCAUAGAUAUAGCAGCUCUGAUUAGACCCAGAGCCAUAGAUCUAGUUCUGAUUAGACCCAGAACCAUAGAUCUAGUUCUGAUGAGACCCAGAACCAUACACAUAGUUCUGAUUAGACCCAGAACCAUAGAUACAGCAGUUCUGAUUAGACCCAGAACCAUACACAUAGUUCUGAUUAGACCCAGAACCAUAGAUAUAGCAGCUCUGAUUAGACCCAGAACCAUAUAUAUAGCAGCUCUGAUUAGACCCAGAACCAUACACAUAGCUCUGAUUAGACCCAGAACCAUAGAUAUAGCAGCUCUGAUUAGACCCAGAACCAUAGAUCUAGUUCUGAUUAGACCCAGAACCAUAGAUAUAGCAGCUCUGAUUAGACCCAGAACCAUAGAUAUAGCUCUGAUUAGACCCAGAACCAUAGAUACAGUUCCUAUUAUACCCCUCUCCCCAAACAGUGUUAGAACUAUCAAUUUGAUAUCAUGGAUGGUCAGUCCUUGCAUCCAUAGCUCUGUCUAUGAAUUUGAGAGUGUUUACAAAUCUCCAACCCCAUCCCUCAGCUUUUGACCAAAACAGAGGCGGGGUGGACACGUCGUUAUUGUUUCAACUGCAGAUUGCCCCUUGACGGUCAGCUCAGAUAAACACCUUGACGGGUUUAGAUUGUGGCUCCAAAGCAACACUCCAGUCAACAUGACUGCUUGGUGCUUACGCUGCCCAAAUGGCCCCCUAUACUUACCCCACAUAGGACUCUGUUCAGAAGUAGUGCACUAUAUAGGGAAUAGGGCUCUGGUCUAUAGUAGUGCACUAUAAUAGUGCACUAUAUAGGGAAUAGGGCUCUGGUCUAUAAUAGUACACUAUAUAGGGAAUAGGGCUCUGGUCUAUAGUAGUACACUAUAUAGGGAAUAGGGCUCUGGUCUAUAGUAGUACCACUAUAUAGGGAAUAGGGCUCUGGUCUAUAGUAGAACCACUAUAUAGGGAAUAGGGCUCUGGUCUAUAGUAGUACCACUAUAUAGGGAAUAGGACUCUGGUCUAUAGUAGUACCACUAUAUAGGGAAUAGGACUCUGGUCUAUAGUAGUACCACUAUAUAGGGAAUAGGGCUCUGUUUUAUAGUAGUACCACUACAUAGGGAAUAGGGUUCUGGUCUAUAGUAGUACCACUAUAUAGGGAGUAGGGCUCUGGUCUAUAGUAGUACCACUAUAUAGGGAAUAGGGCUCUGGUCUAUAGUAGUACCACUAUAUAGGGAAUAGGGCUCUGUUUUAUAGUAGUACCACUAUAUAGUGGAUAGGGCUCUGGUCUAUAGUAAUACCACUAUAUAGGGAAUAGGGCUCUGGUCUAUAGUAAUACCACUGUAUAGGGAAUAGGGCUCUGGUCUAUAGUAGUACCACUAUAUAGGGAAUAGGGCUCUGUUUUAUAGUAGUACCACUAUAUAGGGAAUAGGGCUCUGGUCUAUAGUAGUACCACUAUAUAGGGAAUAGGGCUCUGGUCUAUAGUAGUGCACUAUAAUAGUGCACUAUAUAGGGAAUAGGGCUCUGGUCUAUAAUAGUACACUAUAUAGGGAAUAGGGCUCUGGUCUAUAGUAGUACCACUAUAUAGGGAAUAGGGCUCUGGUCUAUAGUAGUACCACUAUAUAGGGAAUAGGGCUCUGGUCUAUAGUAGUACCACUAUAUAGGGAAUAGGGCUCUGGUCUAUAGUAGUACCAUUAUAUAGGGAAUAGGGCUCUGGUCUAUAGUAGUACCACUAUAUAGGGAAUAGGGCUCUGGUCUAUAGUAGUGCACUAUAAUAGUGCACUAUAUAGGGAAUAGGGCUCUGGUCUAUAAUAGUACACUAUAUAGGGAAUAGGGCUCUGGUCUAUAAUAGUAUCACUAUAUAGGGGAUAGGGCUCUGGUCUAUAGUAGUACCACUAUAUAGGGAAUAGGGCUCUGGUCUAUAGUAGUAUCACUAUAUAGGGGAUAGGGCUCUGGUCUACAGUAGUACCACUAUAUAGGGGAUAAUGGGGUGCCGUGCUCACUUCGAUCCCAGUUUCAUUGAGCCCCAACCACUUAAAUCCGUUGUGUUCAUAGAUAAAGCUCUGGUUUAAUUUUGUUUAGGAAAGAAGCUUUUUAUAUCUGAUUGCCAAAUAAUAAGGUGAUUGUAUUUUGCGAUAUUAUAUUAUAUUAUUACAACACACGUAAAUACACACGUAUCUGAACAUGUACCUGCAGACAGAGAACAGUGUUUUCAGACUGUGGGUCUCUUCUGUACAUACCAAGUCCCGUGAGUCAUGGAGAACUUGUAUAAGCCUGUUUGGGGAACCCUGGGUUAGGGGCAGAACUUGUGUGCAGACAGUGAACAUACUUUAAUGGGUUGGGACAAGCGUUGAUCAUUUGAGUCAGCUGUGUUGUGCUCGGGGCAAAAAAAAACGAAACCCCCAGGGACCGAGUUUGGAAAACCCUGGGUUAAAGUUGAACUUGUGUGUAGAGAGUGAACAUACUUUAAUUGGCAGUACAUGAUAUAUAUUUUAAGACACACAGCUUUGUCUGUUCAUGUUGGUCUGGCUCAGAGAACGACUACUGUUGUCUAAUGUCCUCCUUCAUGUUGGUCUGGCUCAGAGAACGACUACUGUUGUCUAAUGUCCUCCUUCAUGUUGGUCUGGGUCAGAGAACGACUACUGUUGUCUAAUGUCCUCCUCCAUGUUGGUCUGGCUCAGAGAACGACUACUGUUGUCUAAUGUCCUCCUUCAUGUUGGUCUGGCUCAGAGAACGACUACUGUUGUCUAAUGUCCUCCUUCAUGUUGGUCUGGCUCAGAGAACAACUACUGUUGUCUAAUGUCCUUCAUGUUGGUCUGGCUCAGAGAACGACUACUGUUGUCUAAUGUCCUCCAUGUUGGUCUGGCUCAGAGAACGACUACUGUUGUCUAAUGUCCUCCUCCAUGUUGGUCUGGCUCAGAGAACGACUACUGUUGUCUAAUGUCCUCCAUGUUGGUCUGGCUCAGAGAACGACUACUGUUGUCUAAUGUCCUCCUCCAUGUUGGUCUGGGUCAGAGAACGACUACUGUUGUCUAAUGUCCUCCUUCAUGUUGGUCUGGCUCAGAGAACGACUACUGUUGUCUAAUGUCCUCCAUGUUGGUCUGGCUCAGAGAACGACUACUGUUGUCUAAUGUCCUCCUUCAUGUUGGUCUGGCUCAGAGAACGACUACUGUUGUCUAAUGUCCUCCUUCAUGUUGGUCUGGGUCAGAGAACGACUACUGUUGUCUAAUGUCCUCCUUCAUGUUGGUCUGGCUCAGAGAACAACUACUGUUGUCUAAUGUCCUUCAUGUUGGUCUGGGUCAGAGAACGACUACUGUUGUCUAAUGUCCUCCUUCAUGUUGGUCUGGGUCAGAGAACAACUACUGUUGUCUAAUGAACUCCAUGUUGAUCUGGGUCGGAGAACAACUACUGUUGUCUAAUGUCCUCCAUGUUGGUCUGGGUCAGAGAACAACUACUGUUGUCUAAUGUCCUCCUCCAUGUUGGUCUGGCUCAGAGAACGAUUACUGUUGUCUAAUGUCCUCCAUGUUGGUCUGGCUCAGAGAACGACUACUGUUGUCUAAUGUCCUCCAUGUUGGUCUGGCUCAGAGAACAACUACUGUUGUCUAAUGUCCUCCUUCAUGUUGGUCUGGCUCAGAGAACAACUACUGUUGUCUAAUGAACUCCAUGUUGAUCUGGGUCGGAGAACAACUACUGUUGUCUAAUGUCCUCCUUCAUGUUGGUCUGGCUCAGAGAACAACUACUGUUGUCUAAUGUCCUCCUCCAUGUUGGUCUGGCUCAGAGAACAACUACUGUUGUCUAAUGAACUCCAUGUUGAUCUGGGUCAGAGAACAACUACUGUUGUCUAAUGUCCUCCAUGUUGGUCUGGGUCAGAGAACGACUACUGUUGUCUAAUGUCCUCCAUGUUGGUCUGGGUCAGAGAACGACUACUGUUGUCUAAUGUCCUCCAUGUUGGUCUGGGUCAGAGAACAACUACUGUUGUCUAAUGUCCUCCAUGUUGGUCUGGGUCAGAGAACGACUACUGUUGUCUAAUGUCCUCCAUGUUGGUCUGGGUCAGAGAACAACUACUGUUGUCUAAUGUCCUCCAUGUUGGUCUGGGUCAGAGAACGACUACUGUUGUCUAAUGUCCUCCUCCAUGUUGGUCUGGCUCAGAGAACGAUUACUGUUGUCUAAUGUCCUCCAUGUUGGUCUGGCUCAGAGAACAACUACUGUUGUCUAAUGUCCUCCUCCAUGUUGGUCUGGGUCAGAGAACGACUACUGUUGUCUAAUGUCCUCCUCCAUGUUGGUCUGGCUCAGAGAACGACUACUGUUGUCUAAUGUCCUCCUCCAUGUUGGUCUGGCUCAGAGAACAACUACUGUUGUCUAAUGUCCUGUUUCAUGUUGGCCUGGGUCAGAGAACAACUACUGUUGUCUAAUGUCCUCCUUCAUGUUGGUCUGGGUCAGAGAACGACUACUGUUGUCUAAUGUCCUGUUUCAUGUUGGUCUGGCUCAGAGAACAACUACUGUUGUCUAAUGUCCUCCUCCAUGUUGGUCUGGCUCAGAGAACAACUACUGUUGUCUAAUGUCCUUCAUGUUGGUCUGGGUCAGAGAACGACUACUGUUGUCUAAUGUCCUCCUUCAUGUUGGUCUGGCUCAGAGAACGACUACUGUGUUCUGUACUAGUAUAUGUUGUAUUAAAGGACAAUAACACUGGUUUUGUUCUGUACUAAUAUAUGUUUUAUUAAAGGACAAUAACACUGGUUUUGUUCUGUACUAAUAUAUGUUGUAUUAUAGGACAAUAACACUGGUUUUGUUCUGUACUAAUAUAUGUUUUAUUAAAGGACAAUAACACUGGUUUUGUUCUGUACUAAUAUAUGUUGUAUUAAAGGACAAUAACGCUGGUUUUGUUCUGUACUAAUAUAUGUUGUAUUAAAGGACAAUAACACUGGUUUUGUUCUGUACUAAUAUAUGUUGUAUUAAAGGACAAUAACACUGGUUUUGUUCCGUAGUAAUAUAUGUUGUAUUAAAGGACAAUAACGCUGGUUUUGUUCUGUAGUAAUAUAUGUUGUAUUAAAGGACAAUAACACUGGUUUUGUUCUGUACUAAUAUAUGUUGUAUUAUAGGACAAUAACACUGGUUUUGUUCUGUACUAAUAUAUGUUUUAUUAAAGGACAAUAACACUGGUUUUGUUCUGUACUAAUAUAUGUUGUAUUAAAGGACAAUAACACUGGUUUUGUUCUGUACUAGUAUAUCUUGUAUAAAAGGACAAUAACACUGGUUUUGAUCUGUACUAAUAUAUGUUGUAUUAAAGGACAAUAACACUGGUUUUGUUCUGUAGUAAUAUAUGUUGUAUUAAAGGACAAUAACGCUGGUUUUGUUCUGUAGUAAUAUAUGUUGUAUUAAAGGACAAUAACACUGGUUUUGUUCUGUACUAAUAUAUGUUGUAUUAAAGGACAAUAACACUGGUUUUGUUCUGUACUAAUAUAUGUUGUAUUAAAGGACCACUUCACUGGU